AUGGAUGUAGUGGUUGAUUUCACAGCUUCUUGGUGUGGACCAUGUCGUUUCAUCGCCCCGUUCUUCGCUGAUUUGGCUAAGAAACUUCCCAAUGUGAUUUUCCUCAAGGUUGAUAUUGAUGAAUUGAAGUCGGUUGCAAGCGAUUGGGCGAUUGAGUCGAUGCCAACUUUCAUGUUCAUCAAGGAAGGGAAGAUUGUGGACAAAGUUGUUGGGGCCAAGAAAGAUGAGCUUCAGUCUACCAUUGCCAAACACUUGGCUUAA